GGUCUAUUCUCCUUCAUUUAAAAACUAAAAGUUUCAAGGGCCCUAUGGGGGACUAACCAUGCAUUCAUCAUUUUAAUGUAUGAAUAUUGCUUUUGCAUUAAGCUUUAUUUAAGGGUCUUUCCCUGUCUUUACCCUGAGGCUCUUUAAGAACUGAGAUCUGAUGAGUAAUUCUCCCAUGUAGCUCCAUUGCAUUUCCCUGUAAAUGGGUUUGGAGAAUUUGAUGUUAACUCAAGGAAACACCCUAGAUGAUGAUGCUUCUUCUCUCAUCACUUGUCUGCUUGAUGAUACUAGUAAAAGCUACACGUCCAAUACUUCAAGGAGUGAGCGAUUUUAGUCGAUUAGUCCCCCCUCAAAACAAGAAGGUCAGCUAACCUCUCCACAUUAUUUCCAUUGAAAGGGUGAUGAAGUAAAUUCCCAAAGAGAAAUAUCAAGCUCACAUAGCCAUCUGUGGCCAACAGCAAUCACAAACCCUGGUAAUGUAAAUUUUGAUCACAUUGGUUUGGCCAUGUCGGGUGUGGUCCACCAUGCACUCUCUGUACAACAUCACAAUGUUUCCUGGCUUCAAACCCUUGGAGAUAUCUACUUGGAUUCUGGUAACUAUUCAUCAGCAUUGCGGUGUUAUCUUGAAGCUGGAGCUGUGUCAUCUCUCUUCUUUAGUUCUCCAGUUCCAUCAUCUGUCUGGGAUGAUCAGGUUUACAAAAAAAUGGUGAUGUGUUGUUCAGCAAUGAAAGCUCAUGUUCAGGCAGCAUUACUCUGUCAGUGUAUGGAGGUUAAAGAUUACACAACAGCUUUUAAGGCUCUUCAGCAGGCCUGCUCAGCAAGUUCUGAUGCCAUGGACUUCUACUACUCUUUCUUCUGGGAUAUAACCAUGUUAGAAUAUUUAACCUACACCCAUGCCAAGCGUGGACAACAUGACAAGAAGUUGCUUACGAUUCGAGCCAUCAGUCAACCUGACCUGAACAUGUUCAACUCGUCUGAACUUCUUCAACAUACAGAACAAAGCAGAAAAGCCAAGCUGCUCAGAACUCUUGCCAAACAAUACCUCUAGCAUGACUUAAACUGUCCAUAAUUUCUCGUGACAAUAGUAAAUUAUCUGUUGUGUAAAUAAAUGUCAACUGAAAAACUGAUUCCAGAUGCGUAUAUGCCAUUGAUUUUUUUUUAGUGGUAAAACUAUUUUGCAUCCAAAGUAGUGUGUUCUGAUAACUUCAGAGUUUACACCUCUCAGCUGGCAUUGACUACUUGCACAUGUUGUGCCCUUCAAUGUCUUCCCCAAUUCUCAUAUUCUCAAGACCUGGCCAUCAGAGGCUUCACUGUGUUCACAUAUGAGGAACUCACUUCUUUGUUGGAGAGAAUUUUCAAUUAGCAAGAGGCUAGGACUGAUGGACAGUAAAAGUGAAGAACAGCAAAAUGGAGAAAAGAAGUUUAUUUUGUGUACAGAUAAGGAUGUAAGAAAUAUGUAUUAAAUUUACUUACUACUAAAUUUUGGUAUAUACAGUUGAAAGAUGGGUCAAACAAGUUCAUUUUACCAUUAAAACAGAGUCAAGUAGAUAGGUACGAAGGGUGCAAUCGACAGAUAUCUAUUUACUGUUUUCAACUGGAAAAGUUUUGACUCUGUUUUUGAUCAAUUUUUUGUGCACUCAACACUGCCAGUGGACUGUUGCUAAUGUGUCAGUAAUGUGUUGGUAACCUGUCAGCUGACAGUUGACCGACAGGUUACCUACAGCCAAAAAAUGGGAAGCAUUGUUCACUAUUACCCUGAUGGUAGGACAUCUUCACUUGCAGGGUAUCUCAGGUGUAGCUUAGCUUCAUCCUUGUCAAGGUUCAGAUGCAAACAAGUUAUUAAAAAUUGUAACUUCAGGGAUAAAAGUCUUUUUGCACAAGUGCACAGUGGCUUGGAGUAAAUGAAAGAAGUUCUCUCAAUAGUCACUGAAUGUAAAUUAUUUGUCACUCUGCUCCGAAAGAGUUUGUUGUGUGGCAAAACUAAUGAAACAGCUGCCUAAAAGACUAGCAAAGAGGGAAAGGAAAAUGAGUCAAAGCUUGUACUCUACAUUUCAAAUUAUUUAUUUAUACUGCUACCAGCAUUUUCAACAUUAAAUCAUGCAUUUCCUAGCUCUUUAAAGAGAUGACUAAUCAUGUAUUUAACUGUCAUCUAGAGAUCAAUAAUUUUUAAAUUCCCCUUGGGUGAGUGGCCUAAAUGAAAAGAAUACCUCAUCAGUAUGACUGACACAAGAUAAGUAUGUUUGGUGACAAAUAAUGUAAUCUUUGCAGACAAAUGUUGUCUUAAAAGAAAAAGUGAAAUAAAAGCCCAAACACAAAAGUCAGGUGUUUUCCACAGCUUAAAAGUGCACUAAGCCAGUGGAUCAUUAUCAUGAUCAGGUUUAAUAUUACAAAUAUUUUAUAUAUUAAUUGCUAUAUACAUUCUUGUCACUGACAAUAAAUAUUUUUAAACAUUAUAUUACAUCUCCAUAAUUUUACAUACACCUUUGGCAAUCCUGGAAAAUUUACAGCCAAAACUGAAAUGCCAUUUGUAUGUAAACUAAGCUCUGAAAUAUUGAAAUCUGCGAUCACUACAAAGAAGAAAUAUCCUGCAUUCUUGACCACCAAUAAAUGUCACCUCUGACAAAAAUUGUACAGACACAAGUUUCCUUCCAAAUUUUUGUAAGAUAUAGAUCUGAAAAAGGAAUUUCAGAUAACUUGACAAAAAUCCUGUUAUUUGUAUAUCUAAUAAUUACUUACACUACAAAUGACUAACUUAUUACUGUUCUUUUCAGUAACUUGUCAACACAACAUAUCAACUGUUGCCAAUUAGGUCUUGUCGUGCUACAUUCAUUUGACUACUGUAGCAAACAACAAAAGUUGUAUAAAGUGCUUUUCAUUAGAAUUGUAGACAUGUUGAUGAAAAGAGCAAUUAUGCUACAUUUUAAAAUAAGUGCUUAGACCCUAGAGUCACACUUGAGCAUGUAGUGCGAUCUUCUGGGUGAUGGAAGUCUUGAGAAGGACUAUCGUCAGAUUUAGUAACUGACAUUCGUUGACUAAGAGCCAUUUACUAAAAUAAAGUUUAUAGCAAUUAUGCUACAUUUUAAAAUAAGUGCUUAGACCCUAGAGUCACACUUGAGCAUGUAGUGCGAUCUUCUGGGUGAUGGAAGUCUUGAGAAGGACUAUUGUCAGAUUUAGUAACUGACAUU